CUCUAUUAGGACAUUUAUUGCUCGACUGGUUGCCCUCUUCUCCCGCUCCUCACACUAGGCCAUAGUCCUUAUAACUCUUGAGCCGAAGGGGUUUCAAGAUACUACUUAGCCUUUGGAGCUGCCCCGGGCAAUUUAGCAUACUCAUCGGAGAGAAAAAGUAGGAGGGCUGUUUUUCUUUAUUCAUUGCCUUUCUUUGCAAAAAUAGUGCAUACAUUUACACUCAUUCUAAAUAAAAAGAAAAAAUAUGCUUCAUGAGCUAUUAUUUGUUCUGUUAGGCUAUCCAGGAGAUGUGUUCAAACCUUCUCCUGCUUCAAUCUCUUCCGAAACUGCAACGACUUUUGCCAUUCCAUCUGAAUUUCCCUUACUUCAUCCUACGGAACGUGCAUCUUUAAAUAGAUUAGGGCAAUUAGGCUGGAAUUUUUACAAAAUCAGUGAAGCGAUCAGCCAGAUACGCGAAGCUUCGUCAAAACACCACUCGAAAUCUCGAACAUCGACAUUGUCAGAUAUCAGUUAUGGGUCGUAUAUUCAGGCUUUCACAACAUCACUUGAAAACGUGCUAAAUCAGUAUAGAACUGCUGUUUUAGAGUUGGAAAAAGAGAUAUUGGAUGAUACACUUGGUGCUGGUUCUAAUAUCGUACCCUUAACAUUAUUAACAGCGAAUUUAAGUCGCUGGGAAAUGACAUUGCCCUUUCUCUGGAAACAAUUAAUACAGCCUAUUAUAUUGUCCACUAAAGAAACAGCAGGAGACGGUAAUAUACCAAAUUACUACGGCUGUCGAAUAUUUGAUUUGAUUCUCUACCAUCUGAAGACUACCGGUGUCUAUGAAAUAAGACAUAUUUUACAAACAAUAUUAGAAGAUUUAGACGCUGUUCUACGCAGACAAUUAACUACUUGGAUGGUGUACGGUCAAUUAAUAGAUCCUCAUAAUGAAUUUUUCAUAAGCAGCGAUUACAAAGUCAACAAAGAAUUGUUACCGCAACAUAUACCCUAUUCGGUAGCAGAGUCGAUAUUAUUUGUUGGAAAGGCUAUUGCAAUAGUAAACCAUCAAAGCCAGCAACAGCAGCUUAACUCUAACAAUAGUAAGCAACAAAGAAGAUGGGAGGAAACAAUACCCGAAGCUCUGCAAGAAAAACAUUUACGCCUCCUAUCAGCAUUAAUAUCAUGUCAUUCUCAGCAAUCCUCUUCCUCGAUAUCGCAUUCCUCCCACACUCUUCAAUAUGUUGUUAGCCAAAUAAAAAAAUCUACAGCAGAUUGGCUAUUCUCUACAGUAUUAAUUGGUAAAUAUGGCUUAGAUCACUAUGUUUCUUCUUUUCGCAAUAUCUUUUUGCUGGAAGAUGGUGAUUUAGCGAGCAAUUUUAUUGAAGCCUGCUGUAUUUGGAAAAAACGAAAUAUCGUACUCAGUGAUAAUGACAGCAACAUCAUCAAUAACAAUAGCAAUGCAACUACAGCAAAAUUUAGACAACAAGAAUUGAAUUUUAUAUUGAAAAAAGCAGCUGCUUCAGCAAUUUCAUCUACAUCUACGUUAGACGCUACUGACGUUAUAUCAUCUUCUCUGCUAUCACGUUAUCAAAUUAUAAUCGACACCGAUCAGCAGCUGCCAUUUUCAGAUUUGUUAUUGCCCAGUAUACCCGUUCAUUUAACUUUUCACCUAAGUUGGCCUCUUGAUUUAUUCCUUACAAAACGUGAUAUACGUGUCUAUUCUCAUUUAUGGGCAUUUUUGAUAAGUGUAAAGAGCACUCAAUUGACUUUAAAUCAACUAUAUCAAUAUUUAUUGCGCGAUAACAGUACAACUUCAGAUAAUCAAGCGGAGGAUGGAUAUAAUGAACGCAUCGUUUGGCGAUUAAGAUCAUUCAUGUUAUUUUGGAUCAAUACAUUUUGGAAUCAUAUCCAAUCCAAUGUGAUCUCUAAACAUUAUAAUGAUCUUAUUGAUGAUUUAUCUACAGCAUCUUUAUCUUCUUCAUCUGCAUCAUGGAAUAACAAUGAAGAAAAUCAGGCAUCCCCAGCAUCCAACUUUGACUUUGAACAAUUGCAAGCGUCUCAUGAAGCAUUUUUGCGUCACAUAUUGCGUGGCUGCCUACUUACUUCGAAGGAAUGCGUGCAAAUUAUGUAUAAUAUUCUACAUGUUUGCUUAAAAUUUGCUGACUAUAUGAUGGAGAUUUAUAAAGGUGGAGAAUGGAGAAAUAGGACGAAACGACGAAAGACUAUGGGAAAGAAGAAAAAAACAGCAGCAGAAAUUGUAAACGAAUGGACAAGGCGACAUGGAGAUGCAGAGCCAGUAACAUGGGUAGAGAAUGUUCUGAAAAUGGAAGAGACAUUAAUCGACUUGACUGAGAAAUUCUUUUCACUAGCUUCUUCGCAACCUUCAGAAGUUAAGAUAAGUGGUCAAUUAGACGGUUUGUUGUUACAACUGGAUUAUAAUAAGUGGUUCUCAAAAGCGCCUAUGAUGUAUUAAGUUUUAAUUGCAUAUACACAUUCUGCAUAAAGCAAACAAAUAUUCAUUUACAGAUACCCAAAUGUAUUUUUG